AUGACAUUUCAUCGUUUAACGCUUCUUUCAUCAUUUAUUGCUCGUUCGUCAAAUUUUCUUAUUCAUUCUCAUCAAGGUCGAUUAUUUAAAUUCAAUCCUAAUCGUCAAUUUUCAUUGACAUCAAUUCGUUCACAACGUGGUGAUCGUCCUACAAUAUUAAGAAAUAAUGCUGAAAAAACUCCUAAAGUAAAAUUAACACUCACUGAUCUUGGUAAACUUUUUCGUUUAGCACAACAUGAAAAAAGUCGUAUUUGUGGUGCUAUUAUACUCUUAUUGAUAUCAAGUGGUGUUACUAUGUCUGUACCAUAUAUUCUUGGAAGAAUUAUUGAUAUGUUACAAACAUAUAAACAUGAUGAACUUCGUCGACGUUUAAAACAAACGACAUUUUUUCUCAUUGGAGUGUUUGGAAUAGGUGCAAUAGCUAAUUUUGGUCGUGUUUAUUUAAUUUUAACAACAUCACAACGUAUUAUAAAACGUAUACGUGAACAAUUAUUUAAUAGUAUACUUCGAAAAGAAAUAGCCUUUUUUGAUAAAAAAAAAACAGGUGAAUUAGUCAAUCGUUUAUCUUCGGAUACAGAAGUUAUGUCAAAUGCUGUAACACAAAAUAUAUCGGAUGGUCUUCGAGCAUUAACACAAUCAGUUGCUGGUGUUGGUUUAAUGCUUUAUAUAAGUCCACAAUUAGCAUUAGUUGGUUUAACGACUGUACCACCAGUAGCUGUUGGUGCAAUUUUGUUUGGAAGAUUUAUUAAACAAUUAUCACGUAAAGUACAAGAUGCACUUGCAAAAGCAACCGAUGUUGCAGAAGAACGUUUUUCAAAUAUAAGAACAGUUAAAUCAUUUUCAAAAGAAGAACAAGAAAUACAAUUAUAUAAUCAACGAAUUAGUAAUGUAUUACAAUUAAAAUAUACAGAAUCAUUAGCUUAUGGACUUUUUUAUGGUAUGACUGGUUUAUGUGGAAAUAUUAUUGUAUUAAGUGUUUUUUAUUUUGGUGGUGUUUCAAUGAGUCAAGAAUCAUUAACUAUUGGAGAUUUAUCAAGUUUUUUAUUAUAUGCAUUUUAUGUUGGUGUAUCUAUAUCCGGUAUAUUCUCUUUUCAUCUUGAAUUAAUGAAAGGUGUUGGAGCAAGUCAAGCAGUAUGGUCAAUUUUAAAUGAUGAACAUAAUGAAAAAAUGAUACUUUCAAGUCAAAGUCAACGUACAAUUCAUGGAGCACCAUUAACAUCAGCAUUAAUGCUUCACGAUAUAACAUUUGAUUCAAUAUCAUUUUGUUAUCCAACUCGCCCGGAUGCACUUGUUCUUGAUAAUUUAACACUUCGUGUACCUGGUGGUCGAGUAUUAGCUAUAUGUGGUAGUUCAGGUUCAGGAAAAUCAACAUUAGCUCAAUUAUUACUUCGUUUUUAUGAACCACAAUCAGGACAAAUCCGUAUUGGAAAUAUUCCUAUUAAUGAUAUGCCACUUCAUUGGCUUCGCUCAAAUAUUGGUACUGUACCACAAGAACCCAUUUUAUUUUCAUCAUCAAUUUAUGAUAAUAUUGCCUAUGGAUAUCCAACUGUAGUAGAACAUGUUCCAGAAAAUGUUCUUAAAAAUAAAGUUAUACAAGCUGCUAAUACAGCAAAUGCAAGUGGAUUUGUUGAACAAUUACCUGAAAAAUAUGAUACUAAAGUUGGUGAACGAGGAACAAUGCUUUCUGGUGGACAAAAACAACGUGUUGCAUUAAGUCGAGCCAUUUUACGUGAUCCAAGUAUUCUCGUUCUCGAUGAAGCAACAUCGGCACUUGAUGCUCAAUCAGAAUAUUUAGUUCAAGAAGCUCUCGAAAAAAUCAUGGUCAAUAGAACUGUUAUUAUAAUAGCACAUCGUUUAUCAACAAUAAUCAAAGCUGAUCAAAUAGCUUUACUUGAUAAAGGACGUAUUGGUGAACAAGGUACAUAUGCCGAAUUAAUGAACAUUGAAAAUGGAUUAUUUCGAAAUUUGGUUGCUACACAAACCAUAGUUGAUACAGAUGUAGUAGAAUAA